AUGCAAAGCUGGUUAGUCUCAGCCCUUGUGGCACUCGCAAUUGCGGGGCGUCUGUUAUUCUUCGUAUAUUCCACCUGGUGUCAUGCCCAAAAAGCUCGCAGAUUAGACUGUAAAGCAGUCCCUCUCUAUCCCAGCAAGGAUCCUUUCGGUAUUUCCACCCUCCUCAAGACACGUGAAGCAGCGAGAAAGAAGCGGCUUCCAGCACUUGCAGAGGAACGGAUAGAUUCCCUAUCUAGCCAGCUCGGCAGAUACGUUUCUACCUUUCGUAUGUACCAGGCUGGUCGGGAGAACCUGUUCACGGUCGAUUGGAAGAAUAUCCAGGCUAUGCUGGUGACUCAGUUCAACGACUUCGGCUUAGGUGAUAUGCGUCAUAAUGUGGCAGGCCCCGUUGUCGGUCAUGGAAUCUUUACUACUGAUGGCGAGGAUUGGAAGCAUUCCAGAUCACUGCUACGACCUCAAUUUAAACGAGAUCAGAUGAGCAAUCUUGAUAGUGAAGAACGUCAUGUUCAAAAUGCAUUGCGCGCCAUUCCGAUCCUAUCUGACGGCUGGUCAUCCGAAGUGGAUAUUCAAGCCAUCUUGUUUCGUCUUACCCUUGACUCGGCCACAGAGUUCCUCUUCGGCAAAAGCUGUGAUAGUCAGAUUGCUGCUACGCAAAGGGAAGCGGGACGGGCCGCUGAUGAUACUUUUCUCUACGCGUUUGACCGGUGCAUGUGGUAUCUCGCGGAGCGACUCCGGUUCGAGCGGCUCUACUGGGUCAUCUACAACCUGGAGUUUAAGAAGUGCAUUGAUAUUUUGCACGCCUUCGUGGACAAGUAUGUUCACUCGGCUCUAAUCCAGGUACAGCAGGAUGAAGAGAAAGCCAAGGGUGCCGAAAAGGUUCCAUCGCAGUAUAUCUUCUUGAAAGCCCUGGCUCGUACUACAAAAGACCCCUUCAGGCUGCGCGAUGAAUCCCUGAACGUCCUCCUAGCAGGCCGUGACACAACGGCUUCUCUAUUGAGCUGGACGAUCCUCCUUCUCGCACGACACCGGCACGUCUUCGCAAAACUUCGAAGCGAUAUCCUCGAGCAAUUCGGUACUUACGAUCAGCCAUGCAACUUGGACUUUGAGUCAUUAAAAUCAUGCCAGUACCUCCAGCAUUUUCUUAACGAGACCCUUCGUCUGUACCCUAUCGUACCCUUCAACCGCCGUUGCGCGACAAAGGAUACUACGCUCCCUCGUGGCGGCGGAAUAGACGGUACUUCCCCGAUCUACAUCCGCAAGGGCCAUACAGUCAUGUACAGCACCUAUGUCUUGCACCGUCGAAAGGAUAUCUGGGGUAAGGAUGCUGAAAUAUUCAAUCCGGACCGGUGGGCCCGCGGGAAUGUUCCCUUGGGGUAUAUUCCGUUCAAUGCGGGGCGAAGAAGAUGCAUUGGUCAGGAGUUUGCUUUGAUGAGGUCUAGUUAUGUGCUGGUGAGAUUGUUACAGAGGUUUGAUCAGAUUGAGGAUGUGCACCCGGAGAGGGAGAUUCGUUUUGGUGUUUCACUUACUUCUUGUCCGGCUGAUCCGGUGACUGUGAGAUUGCAUCCGGCGGAGGCAACGGUUUGA